AGGGCAGGGAUAAAAAGUUAUGAGUUUUCUUGAAGGAUUUAUAGAUUGUCACACCCAUCUUGCAGACUCGAUGUUCGAUCAUGACAUCGAUAUGGUGAUAGAGAAUGCGAGAAAAUCCGGGGUGGUUGCAGCAUUAGUAUGUACCAUAACUCCGAGGGACUUUUCUUUAGUUUUGCGAUUAUGUGAGCAAUAUUCAGACAUUUUGGUACCAUGCUUAGGUAUUCAUCCUGUUCAGAGAGAUUGUAAUGGAGAGCAGCGCUGUGUCACUCAGGAAGAUUUGGAUGAGGUUGUAGCAGAGAUAGAAAAGAAUGCAGAUAAAAUCUGUGCCAUUGGAGAGGUUGGUUUGGAUUUCCAACCACGAAUUACACCAGAGACUAGUCACAAGGAUACCCAGAAAAGUGUGCUUAAAGCCCAGGUUGACUUUGCAAAUAAAUUUAACCUUCCUUUAAAUGUGCAUUCACGAUCUGCCGGGAAACCAACAAUAGCUGCUCUGAAAGAAUUUGGCGCAAGAAGAGUUCUUUUACAUGCUUUUGAUGGGCGACCCAGCACAGCAAUGGAAGGAGUAGCAGAAGGAUAUUUCUUUUCAAUCCCACCAUCAAUUGUGCGAAAUGAACAAAUGAAACUUGUGAAGCAAUUGCCAAUAGAGAACAUGGUCUUGGAGACAGACUGCCCGGGGUUAGGUCCUGUGAAAGGAGAACGAAACGAACCUUCUAACAUACAAAUAUCCUGUGACUAUAUUGCUAAAAUCAAAGGCAUGACUCCACAGGAAGUGAAAAGAAUUACUUCACAGAAUGCUGUAAAUCUCUUUCCAAAACUGAAGAUGAUACUGAAGUAGUUCUGUAAUUGAUUGUUUAAACAAUUCUUGUUAAUAAUUAAACUGGUACAAAAAAGUAGGGUCAAUUCAUUCUAAAUUUUCAACAUGUCUUUAAGAAAUCAUAACCCUCACAAAUAAGUUUUGCUUGUGUUUUGUUAUUUAAAUUCUUUUAAAAUUGGAUUUGCUUCUUCUAAAGAACUUAUUAGAAAGUGGUAA